UUCUGUAUAUUUCUAGCAACCCGUUCACGGUCACACUGUGUUGUGCCAAAAUACAACGCGCUUUUUAUUGUUGUUUAUAAAAAAAAAGUAACACAUCAACCACAUCAAUUUCAACGGUAACGACAUGGAUAUCAUAUUGGCCAACGUGAGCACAUUGCAGUUCAAGGCAGAGCGCGACCUCAUCGAACAGGUGGGCGCAAUACCGCUGCCUUUCUAUGGCAUGGACAAAUCCAUCGCCGCUGUCUGCAAUUUCAUCACAAAGAAUGGCCAGGAGUGCGACAAAGGCACUGCGUGCCCCUUCCGACACAUCCGCGGCGAUCGCACCAUCGUCUGCAAGCACUGGCUGCGCGGUCUUUGCAAGAAGGGCGAUCAGUGCGAGUUCCUGCACGAAUACGACAUGACCAAAAUGCCAGAGUGCUACUUCUACUCCCGCUUCAAUGCCUGCCACAACAAGGAAUGUCCCUUCCUGCACAUCGAUCCGCAGAGCAAGGUGAAAGACUGUCCCUGGUACAAGCGCGGCUUCUGUCGUCAUGGACCGCAUUGCCGGCAUCAGCACUUGAGGCGUGUGCUCUGCAUGAAUUAUCUGGCUGGCUUCUGUCCCGACGGUCCUAACUGCAAGCACAUGCAUCCGCGUUUCGAGCUGCCUCCACUUGCUGAUCUAAGCAAAGAUCAGCUGCAUAAAAAACUGCCCACGUGCCACUAUUGUGGAGAGCUCGGGCACAAGGCGAACUCAUGCAAACAGUAUGUCGGCAGCCUGGAGCACCGCAACAAUAACAUCAAUGCAAUGGAUCAUAGUGGAAGCAGUGACAACAAUGAUGAAGGUGGGGUACCGAAUCAUCCGCCGCCACCGUUCCAGAAGACACCUACGCCGCUGGAGGAGAUCACCUGUUACAAGUGCGGUCACAAGGGACAUUAUGCCAACAAGUGCCCCAAGGGCCAUCUGGCCUUCCUCUCAAAUCAACAUAGUCAUAAGUAAUGUUAAAGUUAAGAAGAGUCGUAAAGUAACAACAAACAUCUUGUGUGUACAUUUAAGAAUUCAGUUACAUAUUUGCGCAAGAGGUGUCCGAACAACGGUAACAUUGUUGGAACAAUGUUUUUCAAAUUAUUUUAAGCUGUACGAAUGCCGAUGUUUUCACGCCCAGAUAUUGCAAUAAUUAUGAAUAAAUUUAUU